UUCAUUCCAUUCAUUCAAGGAAAAAGUGAAAAUGGCACUUUAUUCAUAUCUCAAUCCGCAAUGUUUCAUGCUUUUGUUAUGUUUGAUCUCCGUUUUCAGCAAUGGAACAAGUGAUUCCCCUCCAUUGACACUGGAUUACUACAAGUCCACCUGCCCGACUGUGUUUGAGAUUGUCCGGAAAGAAAUAGAAUGUGCUGUGCUGUCUGAUCCACGAAAUGCUGCCUUGAUAGUUAGGUUGCAUUUCCAUGACUGCUUUGUUCAGGGGUGUGAUGGUUCAGUUUUGCUUGAUGAUACAAUUGAUCUCAAAGGAGAGAAGACAGCUGCUGGAAACGUUAACUCCCUCACAGGUUUUACUCUCAUUGACAGGAUCAAGAACAAGCUUGAAUCUGAGUGCCCUGGAAUUGUUUCCUGCGCUGAUAUCCUCACAAUUGCUGCAAGAGAUGCUGUGCUUCUGGUUGGAGGGCCUGAUUGGGAUGUUCCUCUGGGAAGGAAGGAUUCCAGAACAGCAAGCUAUGCCCUGUCAGACUUAAAUCUCCCUUCUGCAAGUGAGGGUCUGCUGAGUAUCCUAUCCAAGUUUAUUUAUCAGGGCCUCAGUGUCACAGAUACAGUAGCUCUUCUUGGUGCACACACCAUAGGCAUGGCACGAUGUGUGAAUUUCCGGGCAAGGAUUUAUGGAGACUUUGAAACAACUUCUGGGACAUAUCUCAGCAACUUGAAAUCCAUCUGCCCAGCAAUUGGAGGAGACAACAACAUAGCUGCAAUGGACAACGUUACUCCAAAUCUUUUCGACAAUUCUUUCUAUUGGACGUUACUAAGAGGGGAAGGAUUGCUGAAUUCAGACCAAGAAAUGUACUCUAGUGUUUUUGGGGUCGAAACAAGAAUGCUUGUGAAGAAGUAUGCAGAAGAUCCUAUUGCUUUCUUCCAACAGUUCUCCGACUCCAUGGUGAAGAUGGGGAACAUUACGAACACAGAUAGCUUUGCCACAGGAGAAGUGAGAAGGAAUUGCAGAUUUGUGAACACCUGAGGAUAUCAACGCCGCCAGUUGUUUAUUGUAUGAAUAAGUGAAGAAUCACAGUUUUUGUUUCUCUUUUUGUUUAUCUUUGAUUCUCUUGGCUUUGAAUCAAGUCUGUCCAUUUCA